CACGUGGGUGGAGCUCGAGCGCAGGUCGCAUGGGGGAGUCUAUCCCGCUGGCUGCCCCGGUCCCGGUGGAACAGGCGGUGCUGGAGACGUUCUUCUCUCACCUGGGUAUCUUCUCUUACGACAAGGCCAAGGACAAUGUGGAGAAGGAACGAGAGGCCAACAAGAGCGCGGGGGGCAGCUGGCUGUCGCUGCUGGCGGCCUUGGCCCACCUGGCCGCGGCCGAGAAGGUCUAUCACAGCCUCACCUACCUGGGGCAGAAACUAGGGGGCCAGUCUUUCUUCAGCAGGAAGGAUUCCAUCCGCACCAUCUAUACUUCUCUGCAAAAUGAGCUAAAGAAGGUGGUGGCUGGCCGUGGUGCCCUGGGCGCGGCUGCUCCUCAUGUAGAAGAACUCCUUUCCCACCUGUCAGAGCAACUCUGCUUCUUCGUUCAGGCUCGGAUGGAGAUUGCAGACUUCUAUGAGAAGAUGUACACUCUCAGCCCACAGAAGUUCAUUAAUGCUGAAGAACUUGUUGGCCUUUUGGACACCAUCCUAAAGAAAUACAGCUCCAGAUUUCACCACCCCAUCCUCAGUCCUUUGGAGAGUAGUUUCCAGCUGGAAGUCGAUGUCCUGAGUCAUCUCCUGAAGGCCCAGGCUCAGGUCUCGGAGUGGAAGUUCCUCCCAUCUCUGGUUAACUUACACAGUGCUCACACCAAGCUGCAGACUUGGGGUCAGAUCUUUGAAAAGCAGCGGGAGACCAAAAAACAUCUGUUCGGAGGGCAGUCUCAGAAGGCUGUUCAGCCCCCACACCUUUUCCUUUGGCUGAUGAAACUCAAAAACAUGCUUCUUGCCAAAUUUAGCUUUUACUUUCACGAGGCACUGAGCCGACAAACAACUGCCUCAGAAAUGAAAACGUUAACUGCAAAAGCCAACCCAGACUUCUUUGGAAAGAUUUCCAGCUUCAUCAGGAAAUAUGACGCUGCCAACGUGUCCUUAAUCUUUGACAACCAAGGUUCUGAGAGCUUUCAGGGUCAUGGCUAUCACCAUCCCCAUUCCUACAGAGAGGCCCCGAAGGGUGUGGACCAGUACCCAGCCGUGGUGUCUCUGCCCAGUGACAGGCCUGUCAUGCACUGGCCCAAUGUCAUCAUGAUCAUGACGGACCGCACAUCUGACCUGAACAGCUUGGAGAAAGUGGUCCAUUUCUAUGACGACAAAGUUCAGAGCACCUACUUCCUAACCCGCCCAGAACCUCACUUUACCAUUGUCGUCAUUUUCGAGUCAAAGAAAUCUGAAAGAGACUCCCACUUUAUUUCCUUCCUUAAUGAACUCUCACUUGCACUUAAGAACCCCAAAGUUUUUGCAAGCCUGAAACCUGGAUCCAAAGGUUAGCAAGUGAUUUGCGUGACGGUUUUCAAGACUGAAAAUUAUGUUCUUAAUUGCUCUAAUGAUCUACAGUGAUCUGUGAUUAGAGUUUACAUCUAUUCAUGCCUCUUUCUGAGCUAAAUUAAAGACAGAUCCUACUUAAUUGUGUUGCAAAUAUUGUAAGCAAUUAAGGCCAAUUGAAUUAAGUACCCAAAAGGUAACCUGGAAAGCCAUCAUGGCUACUGUGUGUCUUCAUGGUACAGCAAAGUACUUCAGUAUUUUCUCCUGUAUUCCUGAAUUUCAUGUAGACUGAAUACUUAUGGGCCUUUGAUUUUUCUUUCCAGAUGUUUUAUAUUCUAAACAUUGUGUUCUAAUGCAAUUCCAAACGCCCUCUCCAUUCCUCUCCUUCCAGGAUAAGUAAUUGAGAUAAGCUAUUAAAUGGCCUUUUUAGAAUCAAGGACUGUAUGUUUUCUAUCUCAUAAAUUAACAAAUUAAUAUGAAAUUAUUCAUUUUGUUUUUCUGAUCGACAAAUAAGUAUUUCUGAUGCCAAAAUUAGGGUCUUCGUGAGAAAUUUCUUAACAGUUACUGAAAUUUAAGGUGAAUGAGAAUGGUAAUAAAACAUUAGGUUUUAACAGUUCAGAAGACUCUUGUGGCUUCUUUAAUAGCCAAGGGUUCUGUUGGUGUGAUCCACACACUUAACCACAUUUGUUUUCACCCUUAUAAAACUUGAACUGGUCACUCUGUUUUUCAAGUCAGUAUAAGCCCUUAGGUGGGGUUCUUCAUUCUUCAGCAUAUUACCAGCUUGGCUUCCUGUUUAUCACCUGUCUGCUGAAAUACACGUUCAUGUUUGGCUCCACUCCCUGAUUAUUUUUAGGCUGAAAAAGCAUGUAGUCUUGGUUUCUCAGCCACUUUUAGACAUUCAUGCAGCUUAGCCUACUUUUAUAAAAUCAAAAUGUAGAUCUCAAUACCUUGUACUUGCUAAAAAUCAAGUGUGCAUUCAAAAGACCUCUUUAUACCUGAGUAUUGUGCUGAAUACUCAGUACUGAAGCACGUUUGAACUUGGGUUUCAUGUCCGUCUCCUCCAAAUUAUUUUUAGAGGCAGUGAAACAUCUUAACACUUACUGCCUUAACACUCUCCUGAGUGGGUGUUUCUAGGAAAGUAGAUGGAUCAGGGAAGGUAUAAUGGGCUGUGGAGGACUUCACUUCUAGGUAUUGAUUCAUAAUAAAAAAUAAGCCACAGAGAGUAAUUGAGUUUGUUACUAUCUGAUAGUUUCUUCAAAGCUUGUAAUGAUCAGAUUAGUCCUGUUCUGAUUGCACAGCCACUGUUUUACUGGGCAGCCACAGCAGGCAAGCUGGCAGCUGCAGAGACCAUAGGAGGCCCUUCCAGCCAGUGUGGGAGGCCCGCCCACCCUCCGUCUGAACUACCUGGUGGAAGAACCCAUUGGCCGACUUCCUGGGGAGAACAUGUUUUUCUUUCCUUUUUCUUUUUUAAAAAUAUAAAAGUCAUGAUUUGUAAAAGCCAGUUUGCUUUAAAUAGAAAGUGGUGAUUUACCUCUGUAUUUUAUUUGCCCAGGUUCUAUAAAAAUCUGAACAGAUUUUACAACACUGAACUUAGAUUAAAAAAUUAAAAACAAUUGGAACGCAAAAGUUAAGUCAUUUUUCUUCCUUUGUUGUGUUUUGCCGUGAAGCUGAAAAAUACUCCUUGGCCUUCACAUAUUUUUUUUUCCUAGAUAAAACCUGUGUUAGCUUUAACGAUGCGGUCUCCUGUGUACUAACAAAUGCUUCAGUGGAACACGGAUAAGAAUGUAAAUAAAACAUAUACAAUACAUAAAUUACCCAGAACAUACUUGAAUUGUGAAUAUAUUUUUAGACAUAUUUUGGUUCAAGCCAAGAAAGUUAUUGUAGUCAGAUUCGUCCUCUAAAUUCAGAUAUGAAACUACCUGUGAACUCUGUUUUGCUAAUUGGAAGAGUAAAUGCACAUAUAUUCUUUCGUCAGACUGUGUAUUUUGAAAGUUGUUUCUAAAUCACAACUUGAUCGAUUUUUAUGAGUUACUAAGGGCAUGCUCAACACGUACUGCGUCUGCCGGCAGGUUGGCCAAGGAGCGUUCAUGUUCAGACAUGGGGUGAACUUCCAUAGCUUUGUCCUCUUGGGUCCAGCCUGGUAUCUGACUGUCAUUUUGGGGAGUGUGAAAUAAAGUAGUCCCUCCUUUAUUGCUGUUUCCUUCCGCGGUUUCGGUUACCCGCCAUCAGCCACAACCCAAAAGCAGGAAGGGCCUCCUUCCGACGUCAAGUCAAAGGUCAAUACUGUGAUGCUAGGUCACAGUGCCUAUGUCAUUCACCUCGCUGCGUCUCCUUACGUAGGCAGUUUAUUGGCUCGUAUACUGGGGAGAGAC